AUCCGAAAGUGAAUAAUCGUUCGAACAAAGCGAAAGCAAACAAUUUUACUGCCAAAAGUUUUCAGUUUAUCAGGAGCCAUGGAAGAAAACAUGAAUACAGAAAGCCGACAAGAUGUAGAUGUUUCUGAUGCUAAGCCUAUCUCAGAGACUGACGCUUUUGGAUUUGGAAAAUCCGCUUCACACAGUACUAAACCAGUAGCCACUACAAUACAGACAGCCUCAGAGUUUUUCUCAUCAAAGUACAAGAUGGACUAUGAUAACAGAGGCAAAGCCAUUAUCAUCAAUAACAAGAAGUUCAACCCGAACACUGGCCUGAAUGACCGAAAUGGAACUGACGUUGACGCCUCUGCUCUCUGCUGUAGGCUUUCCGAGCUCGACUUUGAAGUAGAUCUGUUUCACAAUCUCAAAGCAGAUGAAAUUUUAUCUCAGUUAAAAAAAGCUGCUGCUGAUGACCAUAGGAACAAUGACUGUUUCGCUUGUGCUAUUCUGUCCCACGGGGAGGAUGGUUUGAUUUGGGGAAUAGACAGACUGAUUCCAAUCAAUGACCUCCUGGAGCCAUUCAAGGGGAAUAAAUGUCUCUCUCUGGCAGGCAAACCCAAAAUCUUUUUCAUUCAGGCUUGCCGUGGCACUAAGUUUGAUGAAGGUGUGGACAUGAACGUUGCUGAUGCUAAAGGAUUCAUGGAUAUUGAGCCACAGUUCUCUCUCCAGAAAAUCCCAUCAGAGGCAGACUUUCUCUUGGCUUACUCAGUCGUCCCAGGUUACUAUUCAUGGAGAAACUCGUCCAAUGGUUCCUGGUUUGUACAGGCUCUGUCUGAGGUUCUCAUGAAAUACGGCCAGACCUUAGACCUUCUGACCAUGAUGACCCGGGUCAAUCAAAUCGUCGCAAACAAAUUCCAGUCCAACACGUCCCACCCUGACAUGAAUGAGAAGAAACAGAUUCCGUGCAUCACCUCCAUGCUCACAAAAGAGGUUUACUUUAAUAGUAAAUGAGGAGGGGCACCUGCUGUUAAGUUGAUGUGAUACACUUUACUGCCAGGAAAAAAGAGAGUUAACAAACAAAAUGAUCUAUUAAUGAUUUUUUUUUUCUCCACUGUCAUACAUUGGCAACUCUAACUUUGUGUCAGUUGUUACAGAUAUAAAAGUUGCCAUCAUAAGUGAAUGCCUGAAUGGGUAUUUUAUUUUUUGGGAGAAUGUAGAUUCAGUGUAAAAGUGUUGAUAUAAGAUAGCAUUCUUUGAUUGUGUUUACCUGUUAUAAUCAAAAUGAGAAAUGUUGUAAUAAAUAAUUUUUUUUAGACUUUUAGAAAGUCAUUCAUUUGUAUAAGAAUAGUAACUUCACCAUUUAAUGGAAUUUUGAACAAUAUUUUAUUACAUCCAAGAAAUUACUAGAAGAAAAAUAAUAAAUGAAGAUGAAAAUCACAAUUGCUUUCAUGUGGAAUAGAAUUUUCAGCAUAGAAAGAUAUACUGUAUGGGUUUCUUUUUUAUUUUUCUAUUAUUUUACAGUUAUAUAAUAUCAUUGAGACAAUGACUACAUUCAAUAGAAAAAUAUGUGUGUGAACUUUUCAUUAUAUAAAUCAAAAUUCCUGUUUGAUUAUAUACAUGUAUGUCAUCUGUAAAUACCAGUGUACAUUAUCUUUUUGGACUUUGUGGUGCCUGUGAAACCCACAACAUUUAUCUUGCCUUCAUACAAUUAAAAUCUUAUACACCUAUAAA